AUGUUACGUCGUUCCCUUGUAACACUUCCUUGGUGGAAUUUUCAGACAGAACAUCGUCAGCGAUGUGUACUAAUGUACGGUGGGGCCCGCACACUUAAUACACAUAACGCAAACCAUCGAGUAUUUAUAAAAAAAUACAAACGCAAUGCUUUUCCAAAUCGAACACGUCAUCAUUGGGCUGUUUCUAUGACUGGUGUGCUUAGCCAACGACCACGACGUAUGCCAUGGCCCUAUGAUCUUACAUCGCUUAUAUUUAAUCAACCUCGACAGGGCUCUGAUAAGAUUGGGUAUGUAGUAGGUACAAGUAUGUUAAAAACGGCUAUUGUAGCCACUAAUCAUUUGGUUUAUUAUCCUAAAUUUAACCAAAGGGUUGCACGAACCAGUCGUUUUUUUGCUCACGAUGAGGAUUUAGCUUGUGUAGAGGGAGACCUGGUACAUAUUAAACAAUGUAGGAAAAUAUCCAAGUAUAAGCAUUACUAUGUUUUCAGUAUUUUAGAACCAAAUAUUGAAGGUCGUGAACGUUUAAAGUUAGGAUUAAAGGCAGUUCCGCCACCACUUUUUGGAUAUCCUGUUUCCCGUCGUAUUGUGAAAUUAAAUUUGACAAAUACAGAAGGAACAAAGGAAAAACUUGCUGCAGUAAUUCAAGAACAUGUGCAGGAUGCCUACAGAUUUGCUGGACCGACACCAGAUCAACCACGCAAUCGUUUAACAGAUUCUGCUACCUUUGAUGAUGCUAAUAAUAUGAUUGCACCAAAUGCUCCAGCAACACUUGCAUUGGAUGGUGAGGAUAACCAGCCACUUUUAGGGGACAAGGAAGAGUAUACAGAAGUUGAACAAGACAUGAGAAACAAGAAGGGUGAUGACUACUGGAUGAAUCUGCAACCCAAGGAAAAGUAUGAUUUCAAGAGUUUCAAGAAAUCUCCCUAG